AUGCAGAUUUGCAUUGGAAACAAGAUCUGUAAUGCAAGACUUGCAUUUGUACGAGUACGAUACUUUUGCACAGGAUACGAGUGCACCACGCAAGACACCUUUCUCGAGAAGUACACUUUUGGCACCGAUCAGAAGCAGUUCGCUUCCGCCUUUCUCGACACGUUCGAACGGGCUCUCGCGCGGCCGAAUGCCGCAUAUCACAAUGAAAAACGCCCCCACCCCCGCACUUGGGAGCAUUUGUAUUGCAAACCUUUCCAACAGAAACACUCGCCCUCUUGCAUCUAGCAGCAUCACAGAUUUCCAGUCGUGAAUUAUAGCGAAGAUUUGUAUUGCAACAGAUCCCAGCAAGAGCGGCGCUCGUCAUGCGAGCAAUGCUAUAUACGCCUAGACUCUGCAUCACAAAGAUAAAGAUUCAUUAUUCCUUUCAUGCAUGACAAAAAGUUUUCAUUUGGAAACGUCGCAUCGCAAAUUAUUGCAACUUUCGGAGUGGGGGCAUUUUUCACGGCAAUGCCGCAAGCUACAGAUUCGGCGGCUCGGGGGAGCACAGCAUCAAAUUUGGGCCGCAAAAGCCGGCUGAGUGGGUAUGGUGGGGGCGAGAGGCAUGUAUGAGUUUUGCGAUGUAUUGGCGGAAAAACAUCGCAAAAAAUACAUCGCACAUCGCACAUCGUACAUAG